AUGUUGUUUCUUGAUUUCUCGUGCACAUUCACCAACACACACACACACACACUCACUCGAACAACCCAACCCAACACGACAAAACACUCCCAACACCAACUCCUCCUGUUUCUUUUCAUCUUCCCCAACAGAAUCCCCUUAGAUUUUUGUAUUCUGAAACACCCCAACCCACAAGAAGAUGUUUCAUUUUCUCAACAAAAAUCAAUUUCCCAUCAAGAAGCAUAAAAAUUUCACUUAAUUGCUAGGUUCUUCACCGGUCCCCAUCUGGGUUUUGUGAGCGCACACAAGGUGUUUGUGAAAUUGUCUCAAAGAACCAAUCUCUGAAAUACCUCACAAGGUGUUUAAUUUUCCUUCUUUUUCUGAUAAUAUCCACUUAAUUGCAAAGUUCUUGACGCACACAGGGUGUUUGUGAAAUUGUCUCAAAGAACAAAUCUUUGAUUAGCCCUAAAGAUGCAGUCCAGGUUAGUGACAAUGGAGGAAGGCGGCACCACAAACCCAAUCAGAACAAAUCAAUCAAGGGUUUUUCCAUCAAGAUUACUUAGAUCCAUGUUGUUUCUUUUAGUUGCAGGCAUUGUGCUUUCGGUUAUUAGUAUUCGAAUGUAUCGAAAUCUUGGUGUUGGGAGUAGAGUUUCCGGAGCACUACAAGCUUGUUUUCAAGAGCCCAUUAGUUUACACCACCUAAUUAUUAAGCCUCCAAGUUAUAAUAAGCAUACAAUGAAUGACAGUGAAUUGUUGUGGAGAGCUUCAUUUGUUCCUCAGAUUAAAGAAUAUCCGUUUAAACGAGUGCCUAAAAUUGCGUUUAUGUUCUUGGCAAGAGGGCCAUUGCCAUUGUCACCGUUGUGGGAGAAGUUUUUUGUAGGGAAUGAAGGGCUUUAUUCUAUUUAUGUUCAUUCUUUGCCUCAUUAUGUUUCCAACUUUUCGACGUCUUCGGUGUUUUACGGGAAGCAAAUUCCUAGUCAGACGGUGGAAUGGGGAAGAAUGAGUAUGUGCGAUGCAGAACGACGCCUUUUAGCCAACGCGUUACUAGACAUCUCAAACGAGUGGUUUGUACUAUUAUCAGAAGCCUGCAUACCCCUUCAUAAUUUCAGCAUUAUUUAUCGUUACAUUUCAAGAUCACGGUUCUCCUUCAUGGGCGCGGUUGAUGAGCUCGGCCCGUACGGCAGGGGUCGGUACGACAUCAACAUGUUACCAGAAGUCAACAUUAGUCAAUGGAGAAAAGGGUCUCAAUGGUUCGAAACCAACCGAAAGCUUGCAGUCGAUAUCAUCAAAGAUACCAAAUUUUACCCUAAGUUUAACCAGUUUUGUAGGCCCGCGUGCUAUGUUGACGAACACUAUUUCCCUACCAUGCUAACGAUUCAGUCUCCAAGUUUAUUGGCGAACAGGAGUUUGACUUAUGUUGACUGGUCGAGGGGCGGUGCUCACCCGGCUACAUUUGGGAAGAAUGAUGUUUCAAACAACUUUUUCAAGAAAAUACGCGAAGAUCAAACAUGCAUAUAUAAUAAUCAACCGACUUCAGUUUGCUUUCUUUUUGCGAGAAAGUUUGCUCCUAGUGCUCUGGAAGCAUUAUUACAAAACUCCUUAGAUUUUUUUGGCUAUUAAUUAAUUAAUUGAGAUCAGUUGAUGAUUUUUGAAUAGAUGGGACCUUAUUGAACAGCUUUUUAUAGCUGAAGAAUAAUAUUAUUGUUAUUCCUAUUGAUGUAGUAUGAGAGUUGUACAACUAUAAUACAAAUGAGAGUGUUUGUAUUUAUAAGAAACCUUUUUUCAUCAAGUUUGUGGCAAAACCCAUGGGCGGGUAUCGGUUCGGUAACUUUUCUUUGCUGGUCAAGAGGGUCCGGUCGAUAAAUUUUCUUUGCAGGUCAAGAGGGUCCGAUCAGAUUGGACAGACCCACAGUGGUUUUGUUAUAUAUACACUAGGGUUACUAACAGUGCUGCUGAAAGAAUCGCUAGGCGCUGGUCGGCCGGUGGGGUAUGGACUAUCGAUUAAUCGGGAUUGAGAUUUUUAUAUGUAAUCUUCAGUUAUCUAUAUCUAUACUAUAUAUAAUAUACAUAUCCAAAGGACUUCUUAAAGUCAUUGAGAUUUCCUUAAAACACCCCUAAAGCAUGAUAUACAAGUCUUUUAAGCAUCAGAAAACUCCACAUUCCACUUAUACCCUUUCCCCUAAAAUAAACACGCGGACACAUCUAGGGUUUCACAUCUCAUCUCAUUCUCCAUCUGCUCUCUCUCUGGAUUCAGAUCUAGGGUUUUGAUUUCAGAGGUAAAGAUUGAAUCAUGAAGAUUUCUCCCAGAUCCGAUUUUGGUCUCGCAGAUCUGGUAAGUUUUGCUACUCACUUAGCCUAAGUUUCAGCAGAUCUGAUAUUAUAAAUAUAAAUUCACCUUAGUUUCGCUCUCUUUACGGUCAUUAAUCAUAAUGUUACGAAUCAAAAGAUGUACCUCAGCUUCUGGACAUCAUCUUUACCAAGGUAGUUAGUUAUUAAAUGUUCAUAUGGCUGGCUGGCUGGCAUUUCAAGUAAUCAUCCACAAUUUGUGUGAAUCAUGAAGAUUUCUCCCAGAUCCGAUUUUGGUCUCGUAGAUCUGUCAUUAAUCACUUUGCCCAAAUUUCAGUAGAUCUGAGAUCUGAGAUAAUCUCACCAGUGCAUGGAUCAGUACACAUUUGGAAAGCCCGAGCAUUAAAAACCUGCAAUUGCAAAGCUUGAGAUGUAUUAGCUUUUGGAAAGCUUGAGAUGUAUUCCUUUUUCUUAAACCUAUACAGUCAAGACAAAUAUUGAAGACAGUUUCAAGUUUGGCUUUAUUGCUGCUGAUAAAAGAAAAAUAACUGCUACAACUUGGGUACCCAUACUGGCAAUUAGAAUUACGUCGUGGUCACAUACGAAAGGUUAAAAGGAUAGGUAAAAAAGUAAGAAUGGUUGACUUUGAUUAGUGAAACUGAGCCAUUUCAACUCACUAGACCUUGAAGUUGAACCCAACUAUAUUAUUAAUCUUGUUUUUUGAGAGUAAAUAUGUUGGAGAGGAACAAGAGAGAGGAAGCUUGGAGAGGCUGGUUUGAAUCUAAUGGGCAAAACAUCUACUUUUAGCAUACAAUGGAGGAUUCUGAUGUUCUUAUGAUUUGGCUUCGUGUGAGCAAUGGUGGUUGCUUCGGAAUCAUGAAAAGGCAGCAAGCCUGCAUCAAGUGGAUGCAUGUUUCUCUACAAGUGAAGUAAAGACUUGCAGCAGUUACUGAAUACUGCAAGUCCUUUUCUUGUGAUCUCAGGCAACGGCUGACAUCUUAGUAGUGGUUUUAUGUGCUUCAAUACUAUUUGGUGUCGCUCUAACCUGGCCCGACCCGUUUUAACUUUUGGAGGUAUGAUUAAACCUCAGAUUACUUUCAUCUUUUGUUUUUAAUAAACACAGAAGACCUGCCCUUUUGUGACUUUUAGAAAGUCAAACCUGGUAAUUCUCGUAAACUUGAUACACAUAGAGUAGUUUUGUAAUCUUAAUUAUUUCUAUCCUAAUAUAGUGGUUCGUAAUUACCAUAUAUAUGUAUAACAGAUGAGUUAUUUAAUAUCAAUUUUGAUUAAAAAGCAACUGCUCUUGAAAGUCAAAAUUUGACCCAUUUUUUCAAGAGGUUGCUAUUGAUGA